AUGGCUCGCAACGUUGACCCAUACUUGACUGGACCGGAUUUGGUAGUCUCCAAAAAUCUCCUCCAGGAUCUUCAGGCAUUGGCAACUCCAGCAGGUCAGGAUCCUGCCGACGAUGAGAAGGACAUCAAGCAUCUGCUUGCGGUCAAUGAUCCGAAAAGCCCAGACUUCGUGCCGACCGUCUUCACAACAUGGGACGACAAAGAUCUUAAUCCUACUAUUAACAAAUAUCUCGUCAAGCCUUACACCAAGAUAGCCAUGGAAAUUGUGCGCCACCCGACUGAUGUUGUCUUCUUGACUCACAUCAUCCUCUACUUGACAGUCAAUUUGUCAAGUGCUGCCUAUCUUUAUUACGACUUUCACUGGUACCAUGGUGUGGUUCACACUGUCUAUACUGUCUGGUGUGCUGGUGCUUUUACUCUGCUCAUGCACAAUCAUAUUCACAACGGUGGUGUUCUCAAAAAGGAGUUUGCAUGGUUUGAUCUCAGCUUCCCUUAUGUUCUGGAGCCAUUGAUGGGCCACACGUGGGAUUCUUACUACUAUCAUCAUGUCAAGCAUCAUCAUGUUGAGGGUAACGGACCGGACGACCUUUCUUCAACCAUUCGCUACCAGCGUGAUUCACCAUUCGACUUUGCAUGCUACGUUGGACGCUUUCUUCUCUUCAUCUGGGCCGAGCUGCCUUUGUACUUCCUCCGCAAGGGCAAGUCGAGAUUGGCACUACAGUCUUGUGUAUCAGAGAUGGGCAACUACGCAUUCUUCUACUUCAUGGCUACCAAGGUUCAUUUCGGUGCCUCGAUGUUCGUCCUCCUGCUCCCUUUCGGUAUCAUGCGCUUGGGACUCAUGAUCGGAAACUGGGGACAGCACGCUCUUGUUGAUGAAGUCGAUCCCGACUCAGACUUCAGAAGCAGUAUCACACUUAUCGAUGUUCCCAGCAACCGCUUCUGCUUCAACGACGGCUACCACACUGCCCAUCAUCUCAACCCUCGUCGUCAUUGGAGGGAUGCGCCAGUACACUUCUUACAAAGCAAGGAAGCCUACAGUAAUGGACGAGCACUUGUCUUCCACAACAUCGACUACAUGAUGUUGACCAUCAGAGUACUCAAGAAGCAAUAUCUCUAUCUGGCAGAGAACUGCUUGAUUCCGAUUGGUGACCAGACAAAGAUGUCGAAGCAGGAACUUGCGGAUAUGCUACGGACAAAAACAAAGGCUUUUACCGAGGAAGACAUUCGACAAAAGUUUGGUAUUAAGGCCAGAUCGGGCAAGAAAAGUGGUUUGGCUAGCUGGACGGAGAAGAUCUUUGGUGGCAUUUCUGGUACACACUCCGCACCUAUGGUCAAGCAAGCAACAGAGUAG